ACUAGCGGGAGUCUGAGAGAAACGAAACGCUUCCUGUCGCUGUGAAGAGAGCCCUUUUACAUAUCAAUAACUUUGUUAACAUUUCUCUGCUUAUAGUACGUUUAUUUGUGUUUAUUUGGCGUGUCGCGUUGCUAAAAACUCGAAUGUGAUGCAUUCAUACUGUCGUCAGUAAGCUUAUAUCAAUGACAGAUGGCUGGACAAAAGUCGGAAAUCGAGCUUGAUUUGAUCCAAACUGGAGAGAGAAGCUCUUUGAUAAAAGCUGUAACAGAGGUGUCCAGCACAGCACCUGGAAGACUCUCGCCCAUUCCUGAGCUGGAUCCCUGGGAGAGAGAAGCAGACGCGGGCUCUACAGAACUGACUUACUCCUUAUGCUCGGUGGACAGGUACAGCAGCGCCUCCUCCUCCAGCAGCUCCCUGUCUGAGUCCCAGGAGAGAGAAGAGCUCUGUGCCGGGAUUGUGCUGAACUGUCUCUUCUGCCGAUUCUACGACAUGUUCCUCAUGCUACCUGAAACAUGCGAGCGGGCUGCUAACUCCAUCUGCCCAACCUACAUGCAUUUCUCACCACCUGUAGAACCUGCACACAACACCACCUGGAACUGCAGUUGUGAUUUUGACUGUGGCCUUAUGGACGCCUGCCAUGAAACAGGGGAAUGCCUUGAGCUAGCCAUGGAAAUUUCAGAGGUUUGCUUUCAUUGAGGUGCCUGCAAAACUGAAGACAUCAUUGGGAGAAUACUUCACAAUUACAAGUCCCUUUGGGAGGGAAAAAGUUGCUCAUUUUUAUCCAAGAACUCUACUGUGUGUGUAUGCAAGCUAAUAUAUGCUCAUUUGGAGCAUGCUAUAAGUGCUUUUUGUGCAGCUCGUCCAAUUUUUAAUAGCUUGGCCCAUUAACUCACAUCAAUGAUCAAAGUAGUAAAAAGUAGUAAAGUGCAAAGUAGUAAAGAAAGACCUCUGAUUGGCUAGUUUUCUCCUAAUUAACACAAGAACAAAAAGUGUUAUGCCUUUAUUGACGGAACUGAUCAAAUGCAAGACAAUAGAAAUGAACUUGCAUGCACAUCCAGAUGCAUCAGAAACUUGAUAAAACAAUCCUAUCAGCCUCAGUUGUAAAUAGUUCUACACAAUAAUAGGCCCUUUUGUCAACCUAUGUCGAUUUUUAUCACAAUGAAGAGCGAAGUGGAGAGAAAAGGCCUUCUCUGUGUCCCUGUGUAGAUGGCUUGUUUAAACUAGAGUGCAGUUGUUAACAGCCGGUUUGAGACAGUGUUUUGUAGGACACUUGUCCUUCUAGGGCCCAUCAACCUUUGUUCUUCGUUCAGGAAGACUGCUCUCUCGAGUGCACGGCGACGGUGUAAUAGAUCGUUUUUUGUCAGCACCAGGCUCUCGUCACAUAAUGGGGAAAGCGACACUUUUGUGCGCGUGUUUGUGUGCAUGUAACUGUCGUCGAUUUCAGGGAGAGGUCAAGGUAAGGGAACGAUCACGCCAAGGAGUAUGCUGGAUGGUUAUUGUGCAGUCGUGGCUUGCUAAACAUUUGUUUUCUGCUAUCAGGUAGAGAUACCCACGGAGUAACCUGAUUGUUCAAACAACAGGAAAACCUCCGUGCAGUUACCUGAGAAAUAGGCAGUGCUUGUUUCCUAAAAGUUAAUUCUUAAUUUUGAGUUAAUAAAAGUCAUGGCACAAAGAAUUGUAUGACAGUUAUCAAUCUACUAGGGUUGUCACGAUACUGGAAUUCGGUACCAAAUGAUACUGAAGUUUUAUAAACUUCAUUUCUCGCUAACAUUUAAGCGCUGCUGAGCACAUUCUUAAUCAGUGCUGAUUUCCCAUUGUGUUUACAAAAAUGACUGUGAUUGGCAGUUAAGGUCAUCAGUUCACCGAACUCACUAGCAUCAUCAAUCUAGACUACAGGUGUCAAACCCAGUUCCUGGAGGGCCGGAGCUCUGCACAGUUUAAUUACAACCCUAAUUAAACACACCUGAUCAAACUAAUUGAGUCCUUCAUGCUUGUUUGAAACCUACAGGUAAGUGUGUUGGAGCAGGGUUGGAACUAAACUGUGCAGAGCUGCUGCCCUCCAGGAACUGGCUUUAACACCUGUGGUCUAGACUGUUGUUGAUGAUGUAAUGGUGUGUUUUCUUCACACACUUGGGGUCUUUUAGUUCAGAGUGCCAACUAUGCAUCAUUUAAACAACACCGCCUAACUGAGUAUUGUUACUGACCAUCUUAGUCUCAUUAUGAACACAGUGCACAUCUUUUGAUGGCUAAUUCCAGCAGGAUAGCACACCAAGCACAAAACUCAAACUGGUUUCUUGAACAUGACAAUGAGUUCAGUAAACUCAAAUAGCAUUCACAUUCACUGGAUUCCAGUCCAACAAAGCAUCUUUGAGAUGUGGUGGAAGGAGAAACUCAAACCAAUGAUGUGUGGACAAAUCUGCAGCAACUGUGUGAUGCUCUCCUGUCGAUAUGAAUCAAUGUCUGAGGAAUGUUAAUGCCUUGUUUAACCUACUGUGGACCACAUAGAAUUAGUUUGUAAUGUAAUGUGUAUGUACUGUAUGUAGCCCAUUUAUCAUGUAUGGCCAUACACCCAAAGCACUUCACAAUUAUGAGGGGGGUCUCUCCACACCACCACCAAUGUGCAGCAUCUACUUGGAUGAUGUGAUGGCAGCCACAGGAUAAUGGCGUCAGUGCGCUCACCACGCACCAACUAUUGGUGGAGUGGAGAGACAGAGCCAAUUCAGUGGACGGGAUGAUUGGUAGGCCAUGAUCGGUGAGGGCCGAUGGAGGGAAUUUAGCCAGGACACUCUUUACAAGAAGUGCCUUGGGAUUUUUAAUGACCACAGAGAGUCAGGACCUCGGUUUAACAUCUCAUCCAAAAGACGGCGCUCACUGACAGUACAGUGUCCCCUUCACUUUACUGGGGCAUUAGGACUCACACAGACCACAGGUUGAGCGCCCCUGCUGGCCUCACUAACACCACUUCCAACAUAGUUUUCCCAUGUGGUCUCUCAUCCAGGUACUGACCAGGCUUAGCCCUGCUUAGCUUCAGUGAGUGAAGCUGCGGUCACACUGGGCUUGCGUCAAGUUUCGAAUGUCGCUGCGGUGCAAAGUUCAAGCUUGGUGAACUCUGACCUGCGAAAUCGCAUCACUUGACUGCGUGAGACCAAUCGAGGAUCAAAACAGGACCUCUCUGGACAGAAAUUUAAAACAUGGAGCAAAUCGCUCGCUUUUUUUAAUGUCCAAUCAUCUUGUUUAAUCCCGCCCCCUUUUGCAGCGCCGUACGACAGAAUUUCGCACUCACAAAGCUCAGUGUGACCGCAGCUUAACAGGUCUCGGGGUGCAGGGUGAUAUGGCUGUGGCGCAUAUAUAUUUAAUGACAAAGGAGGACCACCAACACGCUACUAGCAAGGUGUACCUACUGUAUUAAAGUACCACAUUUAUGAGACAUUCCGC